UAGUUGACCGAGCAUGGAUUCAGAUUCCGGAAACGAUCGAAAACAUUUGUUUAAGGCGACAAGACUGAAUCAUGGCAUGGGUGUGUGUCAAUGUUCGUAAAACAAGGACUGCCUGUGCGUAACUUCUAAAGGGGCUGGCUUAAUUUUUUCUUUUUUACAGAACCGAAGUGUUCCUAUCAACAUCGCCUUUACUUCGUGAACAUCCAGUUAGCAAACACGUCGGCGGUUAGCUUAAAAUAAAACGUAAUAUCAACCCAAUUUGGUCAUGAGUUUAAAAUAAUGAUUUAGGAGCUGCUACGUUUUGUGUGGUAGUCUGUUUUUUUUUUAUUUAGGUCAGACAAUUCUGGUUUUCGUGUUAUGUUAACUCUCUGAGUUGGACUGAAAUGGACUCGGAAUCGAAUCCUACAGUUUUUCUCACUUCUGUUAUGGAGGAAAUCGAGUGUCUGUUUUUCUGAGGUGGGAGUCUGGAUAUAGAGCUCGUCAUGAAGGCUCUAGGCGCGCGCUCCGCGUUCUACGUUGGCUUCUUUGUGGGCACGUGCAGUCUGUACCUGUUCUUGCGUCAGGUUGGGUACACGCUGAACCAGGGGUCCACUGUGCCAGAGGCCGACUUGAAAAGUUUGAAGAAGUUGAUUGACGACGAAAACAAGAACUGGAAGAAGGAGAGGUUAGCUCUGUUCAACCUCAAUCAUCCGCACCAUACAGAUGAGGAUGGCACACUGGCUGAUGCCCUCUAUAAAAAUGUCCGUGUUCUGUGUUGGGUUAUGACCGGUCCAAGUAACCUUGAGAAGAAAGCUCGACACGUGAAAGCCACGUGGACUCGUCACUGCAACAUCGUGGUGUUCGUAAGCUCCGUAGAUGACCCAGAUUUUCCUACAGUUGGCGUGAACACCAAGGAGGGCAGGGAUCAGCUGUAUUGGAAAACGAUAAACGCUUUCCACUACGUAAUGGAGAAAUACGGGGAUGAGGCAGACUGGUUCCUGAAAGCGGAUGAUGACACUUACGUGAUCGUAGACAAUCUGCGGUGGAUUUUGGCCAAUUACUCGCCAGAGGACCCUAUAUAUUUCGGUCGCCGGUUUAAGCCCUAUCUUAAACAGGGCUACAUGAGCGGCGGUGCUGGAUACGUCCUCAGCAAAGAGGCUCUGAGAAGAUUCGUGGAAGGGUUUCGAACCAAAGUGUGCGUACAUACCUCCUCGGUGGAGGACCUGGCCUUGGGGCAGUGCAUGGAGAAGAUGGGUGUUGUGGCAGGAGACUCCAGAGACACCAUAGAAAGAGAGACCUUCCAUCCUUUUGUACCGGACUCCCAUCUCGUUGGCUCAUUUCCCAAGUCCUUCUGGUAUUGGAACUACUGUUAUUAUCCCGUUGUGGAGGGACCUCAGUGUUGUUCAGAUCUGUCUGUUUCUUUCCACUACGUGGAUCCACUGAACAUGUACCUGUUGGAGUACUACACUUACCACUUGCGCGCUUUUGGUUACAAAUACCGCUAUCAACCCACAGAACCCAAAAUCCGACAAAUCGAAAUUCCAGUCCCAGACAAAGUGGAGGUCAGGGACUCAGAGCAAAAACAGGAGGAAGAAGCACCACCACCGAAUGAAGAAAUCAUAUCCAAUGAAGAAGAACAAAGGCUAUAGCAGCAUUUUGCUUAUACUGUUUUAAAAUGACAUUUGAAAUCUUCCGAAAGAAGUUUUUGAGAUCACUCUGGCUUUCUGGGAGUUUUUUUGUUCUUUUCGAUUGUUUGGAUAAUGUCCUAUAUUGUGCCACAGAGAUGUGUGCAUGUACUGUAUGUGUGGUUUAAUGAACUGGUAUCAUUUGAAAGGGUGUUUCUUAUAAUAAUGCAUUUGUAUGUGAAUGUUUAUAUAUAUAUAUAUAUAUAUAUAUAUAUAUAUAUAUAUAUAUAUAUAUAUAUAUAUAUAUAUAUAUAUAUAUAUAUAUAUAUAUAUAUAUAUAUAUAUAUAUAUAUAUAUAUAAAUAUGUUUGACAGUACAGAAUUAUAUUAAAUGAAGGUUGUACACAACAGAGUGUGCUCUGCUUGGGAUGUGAUUUUAUCUCUGAGCAACACGGCGUCAUUUUUCCCACAAGCAAGAUUUACACUCUGUAAAUGUGUCUGCAUCCCUUGGCAUUAAUUUUUAGUGAAAUUUUAUGAACAAAAUCUAAAUCUGCGUCUUUGCGCUGUGCCAUGAUCAUAAGCACACAGCGUCUAUGAUGUAAAAAAUGAUGUUAGUUUCGACUGAAAUAGUGCCUUUGCUCCGAUCCGUGUUUCUCCUUUAUAUCUAGACAAUUUUUAUGCUUUCCAAUACGGAUGCACCGAUGUAUCAGCCUUUAAUUGGAAGUGGCAGAUAAACGCAAAUUUUCCUAUUAUCUGACCGAUGAUCAGGACAGGUGCGUAUCUACUUUCCAAGUAAACACACUCAAGAUCCGGCUGUGUUUUACAGUACCUCUGUAACAAAUUUGCCAAAGGUGUGGUAUACAUUUUUAGUUUUUUUAUUGAUGUUAUCCAAGUUAAACAUUUGCUAUGCCACAUCAAGAUGCCAUAAUUCAUUUCUGGUAAGCUAAGACCACUGCAGCUUUGCUCAAAGAUUUAUUUGGCUGGCCCAAUAGUUACUCUCGAGCUCUUGGGACAAAGGUUUUCAAUUUUUUACCAGCCUUGGCUUAAUUCAGAUGUUCAGUGCGUCACACCUUAAGUACAAUAAACGUGUACUGAUGCAAAUGGGUGAUUCUCACGAAAACUUGGUUUUAAAAAUGUCAUGAAAAUGUAAAAAUUGCUUACAUUUAUUUUUUUUCCCACCAGACAUUGAAAAACAAAGUCUGGAGUAAAUGGGAACAUUAAUUUAAAAACUUUUACUUAUCAUUUAACACUUUUUGUAACAUAAUUAAAAAAAUUAGUCCUAAAAAAUCUCAUUACCGCAACAGUCAGAAAACAUCAACACUGACAUAUUUUCAAAAUGACAUGACAAACCUGAAAGAACAUAAUUUGGAGAUUCUGCACAUGCAUUUAAAAUCAAAGUAUUAUGCUUCUAUUAAUUAAAUUAACAUUUAAUAAGCAUCUGUUGCGGUAAUGAUAAUCAAAAUGUCGUGUAAGCAUUCUGACAAGACAAUAUUUAAAAUUAACUGUAAAAAAUGAUCUUACCUGGUAGCCAUCUUGAAGUAACUGGUCCAUGUGCUUGGUCACUCAAAAUCAACCUUUAUUAAAAUUCUGUAUGUGUGCUUAAACUGUUCUCAAAAAGUGUUGCGGAGGAUGAGAACAUCAGGCAUGGACACAUCAUUUUCCUAAUUUUUCUUCAUUAUUAUUAUACAUAUUCAGUAAAAAAUUUUUCUGUCAUCUAAAGUAGUCUUGCAAAACAUCAAUUUUUUUCUUAAUAUUUUUGUGUUAAUUUGAUUAAAUUACAACAUAACGCAUGUUCAAACACAGCCGGACACAUUGCGGUAAUGAGAAUUUCAGCAGAAAAUGAGAUAAAAUUUACAAUUAUAAAUUCUUAUGUUGAAAUCACACAUUGUGCAAGGUAGAACACAGUAUUGUGUUAAUUCUGAUGCUUUUUAAUGUUACUAUAUUACACAUUUUAAAGCUAAAAUCAUUAGUGCGGUGGUGUUUCAAUGGUUUCGUGAGAAUCGCCCAAAUAUAUUGCUUUAGUUACCAGGUGUGUCACAUUUCUAAAAUUUUUGCUUGCAUACAGUUUCUAUACAUAAUUAUGUGCUCAUGAAACCCUGAGCAGAGGCAGCUGGACUAGUAUUGCUCUUUAUCUUUCCCAAAAACUAAUGAAGAAUGUUCUGUUUUAAAAAUGUUGUUCAUCAGAGUAAGGUGCAUUUAUCUUUACCUGCAUUUGCAUGUUUUUUUGACACUUUACUGUAUUUAGUUGAACACUUGGCACAAUUAUGAAGGAAUUCCGAUUAAGUAAAUUUAAAGAGUUAACAAGCAGAGUAUGAACAAGCAUAUAACACACACAUUCUUGGUGAAAUGCUCUUUUGUCUUUGACGUGAUACAUAAAUGGUCUGAAUUUAAAUUAUUAGGGGUGUUUUCCCGGACAGGGUUUAUCCUAGUCCCAGACAUAAAUGCAUAUUUGAGCUGCCUUAAUUUAAAAACACCUCGCACUGACAUAUCUCAACAUAUAUCUGUGCUGUUCUUUUGUCUCAAGAUGCAUACCAGUAUUAUUUUUUGUAAGCCCUAAGAUUAAUUUAAACCCUGUCUGGGAAACCGCCCCAUAAUGUUGUAUGCUUAACCUCACCACAUGGGGUCAUCUAUAUUCUAUAGUAUUUAAAGGUGUCUAGAUUGAGGUAGUGCUGUAUACUGCUGAUACAAAGAGCUGUCCACCUAGUGCACAAUCAAAUAGUAAUAUUCUUUUUGGGACUUUAAUCCAAUUGUACCUUAGCCUUUGGCAGUAAAGCCACGUGCAAACAUUCUUUAACCCCAAAUUUACUUAAAUUCAAAAUACACCGCAGUACACAAACAGAACUCUUGCAGUCUUUUAAAAUGUGGUCUUGUUUGAGGAGGAUUGCAAAUUGAAAUCAAGAGCUGUUGUGGUAUGUAAAUAUUGUUUGCCCUCAUUAUUAAACAUGCCUGAAUCAGAGUGACUAUCAAUGCAAGUGAUAAAACAUUACUUGAGGCAAAAUAAUCUGUGAAACCACUUGAUUUGAUUUUUCAGAUAGGGAUUUGCAAAGUGCAGGGAAAGUCCACAGCAACAUGAAUUAAAGAAAUGUGUGUGCGUUAAUGCACAUUUUUCAUUAAUGGUUAUUUCUGUACUUUUGGAGAUGUGUAGGGAUGAGUAUAUAAAGACUUUGAUAUGCAAAAGAGUUUGUAAGGGCUUUGUGCCAAGCUCCUUUUCAGUUCUCUUUCAUGCCCUGUGUUUAAUCCUGUGGUACAUGCUUUCCUUUCUUAUUAUCUUCACUUGUAUGUACAAAGGGAAUCUUUGUAUAGUACUUCCAUAGCAAUUUUUUAUUUAUAAAAGGGUGUGUGAGACAAAUGUGUGACAAGAAGGAAUUUUUGCAAUGAGGAACAUAACCAGCAAAUUAAAAUAUUUUAUGAAAUCUU